AUGCACAUCGAUUACACCCCUAUUGUUCGGAUUUUUGAUUUAAAGACGAUUAUUUUUGUAACCUAUGUGCGAUGGGUUAUCUCGACAUUUUCAACGGAAAAAAAGGCUCGAACUCUACUAAAUUUCAUGUGUAGCUGGUCGCCGUCGCCCGAAACAAAAGUCAAACUUGAAGAAACUUACAACAAGGGUCUGACAGAACUUUCAUUUUUCCUUGCCGCCAAUAUCCCCGUUGAGAUUGACACCAAGUUGGCUCUAUUACAGGAAAAUUCUGUAGACCGCCGAAUCGACAUGAUGGUUGAAAAGCUUUUCAAGAAAAUGGACAUUGCCUGUGUACGGUGCCACACAACCAUUGCUCGAGCCGAAGACAUUUUCUCGGUGACCGCUGAAGGAAACAGUCGACACUUUGUGAACAAUUAUGGUUUUGUUCAUGAAAUCAUCACCACCACCGAAGCGCAACAUUAUGCUUUCCGUGGCCCACCAGACGCCUCAUUUUCUUGGUUCGAAGGAUAUAAAUGGCAGAUCAUUGAGUGCACAAUGUGUCUCGACCAUCUCGGAUGGGAGUAUACAUCGAAAAAAUAUGAACCAAAAUCAUUCUUUGGUUUGACUCGACGCAGUGUUGCUCUUCGUGAAAGGAAAGACGAUCAACCAAUUUCAACGGAAGAACAAUUAUCUCUCGUCCCAGACGAUGUUUUGAAC